CCUUUAGAAAUUCCACACAUUUAUCAAUAAUAAUAAUAACAAUAAAAAAACGAGGUUAUUAACUUGACAAUAACAAUUGUCGAGAUAAACUUUUAAAAUAAAUAAAUACUUGAUCAAUAUAAUUAUAAACAAUGUCAAAUCACAGUUUAAUUGUUAACUCUGGUUUUCUUCGUGCACCCUUAGCCAAUGGAAUUGGCAGAUACGUUGGACAAUUGCAAAGAAUAACAUUAAAGUUUUGCAAAAGUCAUGGAACAAGUAGAGGAUUGAGAGAUUUUUUGGAAAAUGAUCUUGUUGAUUUUGCUAAGCAAAAUCCAGGUGUUGUUGUCUAUGUCAAGCCAAGAAGACACAGAACUCCUGUUGUUGUUGCUGAAUAUCUAAAUGGAGAAAGACAAUGGCUUCAUGUUAAAAAUUUUCCACGUGAGGAUGUUGUCAAAUGGAUUGAAUUGUUGAAGACACAAUCGAAAGAUGGAUCAGCUAUGAGAUUACGUAAAAUGUUUCACACUGAGUUCCCAAGUAUUCAAGGACCCUGGACACCCAUGACAUUCAAGGAUCCCAAAUCAAAUCUUCUUAAAUUCCCUAAUAAUGAUAUUGGUGCUGCACCCAAAAGAGCUAAAACAGCCACAGAAAUAUUGCUGGAACUCCAUAAAGCUCAAAAAGAACAAGAACAAUCUGCAAAAAUUCAAAAUGAAUUAUCUGGUUAAAUUUGUUUAAUAGUCAUUGUAUAUACCUAUAGUUUUUUUUUUUUU